ACGUGCAGGAUGCGGGGGCUGACCGAAGAGGAGACGAAGAUCGUGUUUGAGAAGCUGUCGACUUACAUCGGAAGGAACAUAAAGCACCUCAUUGAUAGACCCGAUGAAGAAUACUGCUUCAGGCUGCAGAAAGAGAGAGUCUACUACCUCAGCGUUGCCCUAGCAAACAAGGCACAGCAUGCCGACAAGAAGCUCUUAGUUCACAUGGGCACUUGCUUCGGUAAAUUCACAAAAUCGAUGAAGUUUAGGCUGCACGUCACCGCUCUGGACUAUCUUGCACAGUUUGCGAAGUAUAAGGUAUGGGUCAAACCUUCAUCGGAACUUUCCUUCGUGUAUGGAAAUAACGUUCUCAAAGCUGGCCUGGGUAGAAUUACAGAAAACACUCCUCAGCAUCAAGGCGUUGUCGUCUACUCUAUGUCGGACAUUCCGCUAGGAUUUGGAGUUACUGCAAGGUCUACUCAAGAUUGUAGAAAGUUGCCUGCAACCGAUGUGGUUGUUUUUCACCAGGCUGAUGUCGGCGAGUAUCUCCGAGAAGAGGAAACCUUUGGCAAGAAACAUAAGAGGGACAACUCUCAGCCGGACAACAAGAGAAAUAAGAGGGUCAAGAGUGAAUGA